CCCACCACGGAGACUAAGGGACCGUCCCGUGAAGCGGAAACUGCUCUCCUGGCUCUGACCCUCCUUGGUCGGGCGAGGCCCGUCUGGCCACAGGGUGUCCUGAAUCUUUUGGCGAACUGCUCACCUACGCAUCACCGUUUCUAUUUUGCUUUAUUUUUCCUACCAGAGUUAGGGUUUUUAUUGCUGAUUUGUAAGAGCUCUCUCUAGUGGGGUCCUCAGUGGUGCAUUUUGCCCGUUGUCCAUGCAUUGACACCCUCACAGGCACGUGAUUACGGAGCCCUGGGGAGGCUGUGACCCGGUGGGCGAGGGCGCCCGUGGGCCCCAGGCCCCUUGAUGCCAGGUCCGUAGUGUUAUCACUGCCUCUUACGGAGAAGAAGCGUGAGCGGCGCGUCCCGCCCAGUGCCCGAGCGGAGGCGCGCGGGAGCCGGGACCGAACCGGGCCUGAGCCGGAGCCGCCGCCUCCGCGCAACCCAGGAGCUGGGCGCCCGCGGCACCGAGGACGUGCACACGCCCUCCCGCUCGCAGACCGCAGAGACCGCGGCUGGAGAACCGCAGAGCCAGCGUGCGGGGCGGGGCAAGGGGUGGGGCCUGCGGCGGAAGUGUGGCUGGCGCGCGGCAUUCUGGGGCCGGAAGCGGAGCUCACGUUGCCACCGGAGCGCAUGGCGGCGCGGGGCAGCAAGCGGCGCCUGGCGGAGCUGACGGUGGAUGAGUUCCUGGCCUCGGGUUUUGACUCCGAGUCCGAGUCGGAGCCUGAAGCAGUCGAGGAAGCCGAGGCGCGGGCGGCGCGUGGAGCCUCCCGGAACCCGGACGGGCCAGGCGGAAGCCCCUCCGCCAGCCUACGUAAAGGCCGGGCAUCUGAGCACAAGGACCAGCUUUCUCGGCUGAAGGACAAAGACCCCGAGUUCUACAAGUUCCUGCAGGAGAACGACCAGAGCCUGCUGAACUUCAGCGACUCGGACGGCUCUGAGGAUGGAGAGGAGCAGCUGCACUCCCUGCCCGACAUGCUGGAAGAAGCCAGUGAGGAGGAAGGCGAGGAGGACAAGGAUGGGGCCUCCAGAGGAUCGAAGGGGAAGAAGAGGGAUUCUACCCCAGUGACCCUGGCCAUGGUCGAGAGAUGGAAGCAGGCAGCGAAACACCACCUAACUCCAAAGCUGUUCCAUGAAGUUGUGCAGGCGUUCCGAGCAGCUGUGGCUACCACCCAAGGAGACCCAGAGGGUGCUGAGGCCAUUAAAUUCCAGGUCACAGACAGUGCUGUGUUCAAUGCUCUGGUCACCUUCUGCAUCAGAGACCUCUUUGGAUGCCUCCAGAAGCUGCUAUUUCGAAAAGUUACAAAGGACAGCAGCAGGUUGCUGCAGCCGUCCAGUAGCCCGCUGUGGGGGAAGCUCCGGCUGGACGUCAAGGCUUACCUGAGCUCAGUCAUACAGCUAGUGGCCUGUGUGGCAGAGGCGACGGUGGCGGCAGCCCUCCUGCAGCACAUCAGCAGCUCCGUGCCCUACUUCCUGACCUUCCCCAAGCAGUGCCGCAUGCUACUCAAGAGGAUGGUGGUCCUGUGGAGCACGGGCGAAGAGACAGUCCGAGUGUUGGCCUUCCUGGUCCUCGUCAGAGUCUGCCGGCACAAAAAAGACACCUUCCUGAGCCCCGUCCUGAAGCAAAUGUACAUCACGUACGUGAGGAACUGCAAGUUCACCUCCCCCAGCACCCUGCCCCUCAUCAGCUUCAUGCAGCGGACACUGACCGAGCUGCUGGCGCUGGACACCAGCGUUGCCUACCAGCAUGCCUUCCUGUACAUCCGCCAGCUCGCCAUCCACCUCCGCAACGCCAUGACCAUGCGUAAGAAGGAGACACACCAGUCCGUGUACAACUGGCAGUUCGUGCAUUGCCUGCAGUUGUGGUGCCGUGUCCUCAGCACCAUCUGCCCCAGCGACACCCUCCAGCCCUUGAUCUACCCCCUCGCCCAGGUUGUCCUCGGCUGCAUCAAGCUGGUCCCCACCGCACGCUUCUACCCGCUGCGCAUGCACUGCGUGCGCAUCCUAACGCUGCUCUCCGAGGGCACCGGCACCUUCAUCCCCGUGCUGCCCUUCAUCCUCGAGGUUUUCCAGCAGGUUGACUUCAACAGGAAGCCGGGACGGAUGAGUUCCAAGCCCAUCAACUUCACUGUGAUCCUGAAGUUGUCCAAGGUCAACCUGCAGGAGAAGGCUUACCGGGAUGGGCUGGUGGAGCAGCUGUAUGACCUCACCCUCGAGUACCUGCACAGCCAGGCCCAUAGCAUUGCCUUCCCCGAACUUGCGCUGCCCGCCAUCCUGCAGCUGAAGUCCUUCCUCCGAGAAUGCAAGGUGGCCAACUACUGCCGGCAGGUGCGCCAGCUGCUGGAGAAGGUGCAGGAGAAUGCAGACCACAUCUGCAGCCUCCGCCAGAGAGCCUCCUUCGGCGUGGCCAACCGGCAGGCCGUGGAUGACUGGGAGAAGCAGAUCCGAGAGGAGGGGACUCCGCUCAUCAAGUACUACAGCCACUGGCGGAAACUGAGGGACCGAGAGAUCCAGCUGGAAAUCAGUGGCAAAGAGCGGCUGGAAGAUCUGAACUUACCUGAAAUAAAGCGGCGGAAGCUGGGAGACAGAAAGGAUGAGGACAGGGCGGAGCUUAAGGACCUCUUUGACCUGGACAGUGAUGAGGAUGCUGCUGUGGACUUCUCAGAGAGAGUUACACGUAGGUCUCCUGGAGCUCAGCAGGGGAUAGAGGAGGAAGACCAGGAUGAAGACAAGGACAGCAGCAGUAGCGGUCAAGAAGUUAGCAACUCAGAGGAUGGAGGCUCAGAUGCAGAGUCAGGGCUGGCCCCCCGGGAGCUGUGGCAACUGCUGGCCCAGGGGCCGGAGGAUGAACUGGAAGACCUACAACUCUCUGAGGAGGACUGAGGGCCACUGCCCUGGGCUGCCUGCGGUCCCCCAUCUCACCAGCAGUUUGGCCUUAUGUAUGAGGCCUUGGGGUCAGCGCUCAUACCCCAGGAAGGACAGUAGAAGGCGGACAGGGCUUUAUUUUUACAACAUAAAAGACCAGGAAGUACCAAGCACUGUGCUGAUCACUGGAGUGGCAGCCUUGGUGACUGACACCUGCAUUGUGGAGCAUGCCCACUGCUGCACCUGAGGGUGCUGGGCACCCCUGAGGGAAGCUGAGCUCUCACCUGAUAUCAGGAUGCUGAAAUCUCACUGCAGUCCCAGUUCCCAAGGGAGCCAGGGGCCGCCUGGCCAGCGAACUGCUCGUCUUUGGUUUGUCAGCAGCACCCAGGUUGGAUCCCAGGCGUGUGCGCCAGGCUCUGCGCCACCCCCAGAAGUCUUUGAAAACACAUUCUUUUCCUCUUAA